AUGACAGGCACCCAGGGCCCCCAGGGCGCCAAGGGGGCGGUGCACGUGGACGAGGCAGGCCGCUGCUGGGCCGGCGGACUCAAGAAGAAGCGGCGCGGAUCGUCAUCGUCGUCCUCGUCGUGCGGGGCCGGCGGCGCGCCCCUCGCGUCGCACGGCGGCGCGUCCUGGCUGCUGGCCGCGCUGUGCCUGGUGUCGCUGGCCGCCAGCGGCUACCUCGGCUACCGGGACACGGUCCUGGAGGCGCGGCUCGGCGAGCUGGAGCGCCGCCUGGAGGAGCAGAGCCUGCAGGCGCUGUACCGCGCCGACCAGUACCCCGGCGUCAUCGUGGAGCGCCUGCGUCGCGACGUGGAGCAGCGCAUCGCCAGGAGGCUGCCCAGGGCCGCGCCGCCGCGCGAGGGCCGCGAGGGCCUCGGCCGCGACGGACACGGCCGCGACAGGAUCUACACUCGCAGCGCGGCCGACUGCACGUGUCCGCCAGGACCCCCUGGACCACAAGGGCCUCCUGGGAAAAGAGGGAAGAAGGGCAUUCCUGGAGCCAAGGGGACGCCGGGAACGCCUGGAAACAGUGGAUUCCCGGGUGCAAUCGGCUUGGACGGCCCCAAGGGUGAUCCGGGCGCUCCGGGGGAGAAGGGUUCCAAAGGAGACGCCGGUGGGCCGGCAUUUGACAUGUACGCUGCCGUCAAGGGGCUGAAGCGUUCAGUGACAACUCUCCGUGGAGGAACAUUAGGAUACGCCGAAAUCGUUGCGGUGAAGGGACUGCAAGAGCAGGGGCUCAAUAUUUCGGCGCAGAACAUCAUUUAUGUCAAAGGAGAGCGAGGGGAGCCAGGCCCGCCCGGGUCACCGGGUCCAGUCGGCAAGGAGGGCUUACCGGGGCAGGACGGUCGGCCGGGCCCGCCGGGAGAGUCGGGGCCCCCAGGAGAGCGGGGGAGCGCCGGGCCGGCCGGGCCCGUGGGGCCACCAGGACCGGCGGGAUCACCGGGACUCAGGGGACAGUCAGGCUUAAUGGGCCCACCAGGUUUCCCCGGAAUUCCAGGACAGUUAGGAAUGCCUGGCAUUCCCGGCCAGAACGGAACAGACGGCCUGCCUGGCCUGCCAGGAAUACCAGGCGACAAGGGCGAUAAGGGCGAGCGAGGGCUGACGACGACGUUGACGGGAGACCAGUUCCCCACCGGCAUCAUCGAGGGUCCCCCGGGACCGCCAGGCCCUCCAGGUCCGGAGGGGGGCCGCGGAGACAAGGGCGACUCGGGGCCGACGGGCCCCGAGGGCCCCAAGGGGGAGGUCGGCGAGAGGGGAAAGCGCGGCAAACGGGGCAGGAAAGGCGACCCCGGCACGGCGGUGGAGCGCGGGCUGCCCGGCCUGCCCGGCCAGAAGGGCGAGCCGGGCGAGGGCGGCCUGCGCGGCGAGCGCGGCGACAAGGGCGACAUCGGGCUGCCAGGUGGCAAGGGCGACAUGGGCCUGAUGGGACCUCCGGGCGAGGACGGUCAGAACGGCGCCACCGGGCCGCAGGGACCUCCAGGACUGCCGGGCAUGUCGGGACCCAAGGGAGAGAAGGGCGAGUACGGAGACAUCGGCCACCCCGGCCUGAUGGGACCGCCAGGCCUGCCCGGACCGCCGGGCUAUCCGGGUGUCAAAGGAGACAAGGGUGAAAAGGGAGAGUCGAAGUACAAAAAGAUCAGGCGGCGACAGGGCGACGGGACCUUCGAGACGGGCGGCAGCGAAUUCGUGAUGGGACCCCCAGGGCCGCCAGGCGCCAACGGCGUGCCCGGGCUGCAGGGCCCGCCCGGCAUCAAGGGCGACAGGGGCAUGGACGGCUUCAAGGGAGACAUGGGCGAAAAGGGCAACAAGGGAGACCCGGGCCCGAUGGGACUGCCGGGGCCCAUGGGCUUGCGGGGCGAGCAGGGCCGACCGGGCGAUCCAGGAAAGCCCGGCCCGAUGGGGCAGCCGGGUCUUGACGGGAUGAAGGGCGGCCAGGGCGAGCCGGGCAGCAAGGGCGAGCGGGGAGAACCAGGACUGCCGGGCACGGACGGAAUCCCCGGCCAAGAGGGUCCCAAGGGCGAGAAGGGUGCCAUGGGAGAGUCGGGCCCGCCGGGCAAGCGCGGCCGCAAGGGCGACAAAGGCGACAAGGGCGCGCAGGGCGUGCCUGGGCUGGACGCGCCCUGCCCCAUCGGAGAGGACGGGCUGCCGCUGGCCGGCUGCGGCUGGAGACCGCCCACGGACCUGGUCGCCGCCAUCCCCACCGCCGCCUCGCCGACCUACCGCCAGUCGCAGUCGAACCACCACCACGGCACCAGCAACAGCCACAACGCCAACUCGGACGACUUCGACAACGACUACGACGAGAACGGCGCGGACGAGGACGACGGCGAAGACGACGAUGGUCAAUAUGCACGCCCCAAUGCACGCACGCUCGCAAAUUCGAGAGGCGUUUUUGAGCUCCAGAGCAGUACUCAAACCGAACGUGUGACCCGUGUGACCCCACCACAGGCACGGUUGAGGGGGGAGGGGGGGUAAUUCUAGUCCCAUUUAGUUAUUCUGGAGCUCAAAAAGGCCUCAAGAAUUCCCAUCGACAAAUGCGAAGAAGGAUUGUUACCGUUUCAGCCCAGAUAUUUGAAAAAUACCAAAAUGUUGUGCUAAGGCGCUUAUCCGGGAAAAGUCACUUUAAGACCGCCAAAAUGCGCCAUUGACCAUUGGCAGCCUGUUCCUCUUACCUACCCAGAGCCGUCAUGAACCCCGUUACGCGUAGCUACGGUUUUAUUGGGCGUCCUGACACAAGUCUUUGUUUUGUGGCGUACAUGCGACGGACAUGGGGGGCCUGUCGUCCUGCUGAUCCUGCUCGCCUGCUCGGCGUUCCCGAACUGCGUUUCUUCUGUUUCAGAAUGACCUGCGUCGGGCGUGGAGCGACGACUAGCACCGGCAGCCAAGUGUAAAAAGUGUACUUAGUGUAAGUGAAGCCAAGUGUACAAAGAUAGCGAGUGGGCUGUGCUAGUGCCCGAGCGCGGUGUGCGAGUGACGGGACGAGAGGGACGAGAGCGGCCGGACACUGGGUGCUGCCGUGACGACGUGACGACACGACGCGGGGACGCGACGACGCCAAGACCCUCGAACCGAAGCAACCAAACCGGUAUCGCCAAACGCACGCAGCACUCCGCCGCCUCCACCCUCACCUCGCAGAGCUAGAUGUAAGGUAGAUGAUAGUUAACUGGGAAUCUCCAUUGUGGAAAUAAGACUGAUGAGAAAUCGUGCCUCAAUAUUUUCUAUGUGAACUCUGUCGCUUAGAAUAGAUAGGACACAGCUGCGACGCAGCGACGUAGCCCGCAGGGUGGCUGCUCUAGAUGCUGGUUCGUCUCCCAGUGUCGCGAAAGUCAAGUUUCUGAUUGUUUUAAAUUAAUGAGAUAUACUUUAUCGCCUCGCCGUUCCGCGUGGAGCAUGGCGUUGUUGGACCACUGGGCGCCCCGCUGCCCGCUCUCGUUACUGUAUAUUUCUAAUUUUAAUGUUUUUUAAGCUUUUAUUUUUGCUAGUGUCCGAUAGGUUUGCUGCUGUCGCCCAGUGCGUUAACUUCUUGAUACAUGUUAUGUUCUAGUGAUUCAGAAGGGACGUUUAGAAAUACGAGGUUGUACCUGAUGUCUCUUGAUAUGUUUGAAUUGAUUUUGUAGUUGCCAAGUUAAAGCAUUCUGUACCCAUACAAGGCCUUACACUCGAGGAUGAAUCUGGAAAAUGUGUGCAAAAUGUCAGCAGGAAUUAAAUAAAACUCGCCAAAGGUAAUAGAACUUUAACUAGCGUUGCACUGAAGUGCUAAGUUAUUCCCCCACUCCUAUGUAAGUCUUCCUUCUUAACUAAUUAACGGCAUUACAGAUUCAAAGAAAGACACAUGAUCAAUUGUAAGUUGCACUUAGGCAUGAGAUAUUCCUAACAAUUUUCUACCAAAGAUUCCUCAAUUUAUUCCUGUUAGUAAAAAACAUAGAACCUUAGAUUUUAAAAAAAUGUCAUGAGCUAGCAAGAAAAGGUGAACAUUUCCAGCCUUGUUUGGUUGACAGGGAAGUCCACCGGGCUUGUGAUAAGAGAUGCGUACCACGCUGAUUUAUAGUCCCACCUACGUUUUAUUGGAAAUGUAUCAUACAGCUAUUUGUAACACUUUAUAUAUAUAUAUAUAUAUACAAGUAGAUCACUAGUAUUUAUUUAUGUUACGAUAAGAAAAAAUAUCCUUUUAAAUAAAGCGAUUGAAAGACACUUUAAAUUAAUUUCCUAUCCUCAUUCCCAGGAUUAUCUUUUUCUACUAAAAACAAAAACAUGCAAAAAGAAAAAGAAAAAAAGCUUACUUUGUAGUGUCUGAAGUAACUAGAUUAUGUUCCAUCCUGACUCUAACAUGGCCCCAUGGACUCAGCUACUUGAAAAAUGUGAAAAGAAGAGGCAAUAAAGA